UCACAUGUGACUUGUUUCUGCAGCUGAAUUGGACUCGGGACUGGUGUAAAGUGUGAAUACAGACCGGCAGGCGGCUCAGAACCGGCUCCGCUCUGACCCGUUAAACUCCGUAACGCGCUGCAGAGACUCUCCGGUAUCAGACUGUACCGGAACCAGGAGCUCCGGGACCAGUGAAGCUCUAACAGUAGCAGCAGCAGCGAGAAGGGUCUGUCUGCAGAGCCGCAGAGCCACGGAUAUACGCCAGCAGAUUCACGCCAGCAGAUUCAAGCCGGUGGCAUUCUGCGCAUGCGCAGUAGGACAACGCGAUUCUGCUGGGAUUGAAAUGCAUGUUUCAAUCCGAAAAGGCAAUUCCGUGCCAAAAUAUGAGCAAUGUGGCACAUGUUGCCAAAAAUAUCACUGCCCGUUGUGCUCCAUACAGCAUUAUAAGCCAACAUCGGCCACAAAACUUAGGAGUCACCUAAAACUCCAUUUUAACCGAGCAGUCCAACAUGAAGGUUUUCCCACAAUGUCUACCAGUGGGAUUCCAGAGGAAGUGCUGAGAAAUGAGGCUUUAAUAAAGAGACUGGAGGAGGUGGCUAAAGACACUGCACUGCUACACGGAGUGUUAAUGCGGACCAAAGACAAACCCAACUCUCCUGAGGUGGUAAACUACGCCCCGUUCACACUCUUCCCCACUCCAGUGCCCACUGCACUCUUCCACCAGGCUCUCCAAGUCCAGACGCAUUAUAAUCGGCUUGUGGACAGAAUCAGCCAGAACCCGAACUUCCUGCAGGAGGCUCUCGCCAGCACCAUUAAAGUUGAUGACUUCACAGCCAAACUCUUCAGCAUUUACAAACAAGUGCAGCAGGAACCCCAGACCAUGCCGAUAGUGCUCGGCCUGAAUCGCUCUGAUUACAUGCUGGACCACAGUGCUGAUGGAAGGACGUCCUUAAAGCAGAUUGAGAUCAACACUAUUGCUGCCAGUUUUGGGGGGCUUACCUCACGCAUGCCAGAUGUCCACAGGCACAUUCUGAAGGUUGCUAACCGGCUGCAGGAGCGCCAGCAGAUUUUGGACAACAACCCAGCAGCAGGUCUGGCCAGGGGCUUGGCAAAGGCCUGGGAGCUUUACGGCUCAGAGAGGGCAGUGGUGAUGUUUCUUGUAGAGGAUGUGCAGAGGAACAUUUAUGAUCAUCGAUACGUGGAAAACGAGCUCUGGUCGAGAGAUAUUCCUGUGAUAAGACGAGAGUUUGAAGAUGUGUGUAGAAGUGGAUCACUGGACAGUGACAGAAGGCUGUUUGUAGAUGGACAAGAGGUUGCCAUUGUUUAUUUCCGAAAUGGAUACAUGCCUCAAAACUACAAAUCGGAGAAAAGUUGGGAGGCUCGACUGAUGAUGGAGCGUUCGCGUGCUGUGAAGUGUCCAGACAUCAGCACACACCUCGCCGGCACCAAGAAGGUUCAGCAGGAGCUGGCCCGACCCGGCGUGCUGGAGAAGUUUUUCCCUGAAGAACCAGAAACAGUGGCCCUGAUCCGAGCCACGUUUGCAGGCUUAUACACACUAGAUAUGGGGGAGGAGGGAGAUCGGACAGUAGAGAUGGCUCUCGCUCAGCCUGAGAAGUAUGUGCUGAAACCUCAGCGAGAAGGAGGCGGGAACAAUAUUUACGGGCAGGAGAUCUGCCGAGUUCUGGAGGGAGUAAGAAACAGCACGGAGAGAACCGCCUACAUCCUGAUGGACAAGGUCCAGCCCCGCCCAUGCCACAACUACCUGCUGCGGGCGGAUGCUCCUCUAAGGCUGUGUGUGUGCCUCAGUGAGCUGGGCGUUUUUGGUGCCUAUGUUAGGAAGGGAACAGAGAUGGUGAUGAACGAGUGCGUGGGACAUCUGCUGAGGACCAAAAGCUCGGAACACAAUGAUGGAGGUGUAGCUGCAGGAGUGGCAGUGCUGGACAAUCCUCUUCUGGUUUAGGCCACAGUGCCCCCCUGUGGACCAGCAUGGGAACUGCAGACAGCCGGACAGAUUAAGAGAAAAUAUUUAUUCCUCCUUUUUCAGCUCUAAUCUGAUCUAUUUCGGUAAAGAAGAGGACACUGAGGGUGAAAAUGACAUUGAUUUAACAGACAUUCCAUCAUCUGAGCUGAAUCUCACCUGCAAAAUAAAUCUUAAAGGAGAAAUCCAGUGUAAAAUUGACUUUGGUUGUAGUGAAACAUGACGAUGAGUACGAAAUUUUGUAGAAUAGACCACCUCCAUUCUCCCCCUGCAUUUAGAAAUACAGUGCUAUAACCGAUGCUCUCAAAAGACACUCAAUACUAGUGAUAGGGGCAUAGAGUUGCCUGUGCAAACGAAUCACUAUUUUUACACCAUUAAGAAGCUUAAAGUAUCUCCACUCUUCAUUUGUAGUAUUCUGAGAGCCCUGACAUUUAAAACGAGCACUGGGAAAGAAUAGGUCCUACUAUAGGGUUUGCAACAGAUUGCAAAAUUAAUUCCAUGGAAAUGUACAAACUCCAGCUGUUUAAAACAUCUCUAUAAUAUUCGUGCAUUUCCUCAUUUCCUGGAUAACUUUAUGCCCCUAUCACUAGCCUUAUAAAAGCAUUGUAUUUUGAAAUGCAUGGGGUAAAUGAAUAUGGACUCUUUUACAAAUGUUUUUUUUUUUGUCAUGUUUUAAUACACCUCAAUUCCAUUUCAUACUGGAUUUCUCCUUUAAAUGAAGCUCCUGAAGUACUGAAUAUCUGACCUCAUUUAGCAUUUACCACUGUGCUAAAUAUUGUAUAGAAUAAUAUUGGGUAAUAGCAUUUAAUAGUAGGAAAACUUAUUUUUAAUAGAAUGAUUUUUAAUUUUAGGCUGAUAAUUAAAACAGCCAGUCAUCACAAGCCAAAUCACUGAAAUCCUGCUUUUUCUAAUUAUCUUAUAUUUCCAUUGUUUUUCUAAUAUUUUUCAGUGCAUAUUACUAGACUAUUCUCUAUUACUGUGUGUUUUAUUAAAACGUGUUCCAACGACGUAGUGAUUCAACUCAUAAAAAUUAAGAGAUAUGUUUCAUAACAGAUCUGAGAGAUGUAAGUGUUUAUAAUGAUGUAAUGUCAUGAUGAUAUUUCAACAGUUUUGCCUUUCUAUUGCAUAAAAAUUUAAUCUUAUAAAAUGUAAAUUAUAUUGUGAAGAAAACAGAUGCAAUUUAAUAAAAUUCACCGAAAACCA